AUCUCAAGCCGGCUGACAGUUGUGCGAAAUUUCCCCAAAAAACCAAAACAAAUCGGAGGGAGUUUUAGCGAUCGAGCAGAACCAUGGAACCGGUGCCGAAAAUGAAAAAGGAAGACGAAGAUUACGUCCCGGAUAUGGAUCAGGCAUCGGCCGAUGAAGAGGAUGACGACGAAGAUGAAUCCGCAAUGGAGCAGGAGGAAAUGGAAGGGGACGAAGAUGAGGACGACGACGACGCCGAAAGUGAUGUGCCCGGAGAUUACAUCGAAGAAGAGAUGCUGGUGUUUGCUGACUUUGAAAAGUAUCUGGCCACGGAAGAGCUCAUCGAUCCCAACGUACGGGUUAAGGUGAUUGGGAUCGAAACCGAGAAUCCCAUCGUCCAAAUAAACAACGAUCUGUACAAAGGAUCUUACGACUUUGCCAUUGGGACAAACGUGUUCCUAGAGGAAGAUCCUGAGGGUAAGGCCGCAAUCGAUCCGCUGUACAGUCCAAAUCCUGAAAAGUUGUACAAAUACUCCGGUCAGAGCUCGAAGGUGCUCAAAAUGAAGCGGAUAUUCGUGACGCCAAAAACGGAACAACCGGCGGCUACCGACGUAAAGGUGAAACCGGAGCCAACCGACGAGCUCGAAGAACCGGACGAAAUAGACAACGCCACGUCCAAGGAGAAAGAGCGAUACAUUGUGCGGCAGAAUUACGAGGAAGCGCUGAAUCUGCACCUGCCCGAGGGUGUCUACCCGCCAAGGCACAUCGAUCUGGAGCACAACUGCGAGGCGAUCGUCCGGCGAACCUUGACCACGCUGAACAUGGCCGAGAGCGAUAUGGAGGACGACCCGUGUGGUGGCGACUUUAAGCCGGUGAUGUGAGAUUGAUUAUUUUAAAUAAGCUUUAUUUAAGUUCAACAAGACUGUACAUUUUAGUU